AUGUGGUGGAUCCCUUUAAGGAGGAUGGACCUGUCAGAGCUUGGCGAGGCCGCGGCCUAUCUCAGAAGAAGUGAGGCUGAGCUGCUUCUGCUCCAGGCCACGGCCUUCGAUGGGAAGAAGAAAUGCUGGAUUCAUGAUGUGAAGAAUGCUUAUGUUGAGGCUGAGAUUAAAGGGGGUGGAGAUGAUGACAGUAUAAUUGUUGAGACAACAGAUGGAAAGAGUCUGAGUGUCAAGGAGGACGAAAUCCAGCAGAUGAAUCCCCCAGAGUUUGAAAUGAUUGAAGACAUGGCAAUGCUGACUCACCUCAAUGAAGCAUCUGUGCUGCAUGCCCUGAAGAGGCGCUAUAACCAUUGGAUGAUCUAUAUAUAUUUGGGUCUCUCCUGUGUGAGCCUCAAAAGUGGCUUCCAGUAACACAGAGCAGUGGCAGCCAUCUACAAAGGGAAGAGGCGAUCAGAGGCUCCCCCUCACAUCUUCGCUGUGGCCAAUAAUGCCUUUCAAGAUAUGCUGCACAAUCGAAAGAAUCAGUCUGUACUCUUCACCAACCAGAAUGGGGCAGGCCAAGUUAGCUGUGUCAUUGAACUGUGUCAUAUUAUCCAGUACUUUGCCACCAUAGCAACCACGGGUGAAUCCGAAGAAAAGCCAGGGACUCUACAAAAUCAAAUCAAAUGAGUGAAUCCUGUCUUGGAAGCAUUUGGAAAUGCCAAAACCCUGAGAAAUGACAACUCCUCUCGCUUUGGCCAGUUCAUCGGGAUGCACUUUUGUGCCAGAGGCAAGCUGUCAUCUGCAGACAUCGACAUCUAUUUGCUUGAAAAAUCCUGGGUUGUUUUCCAGCAGCCUGGAGAGAGGAACUACCAUAUAUUCUAUCAAAUUCUGUCUGGGAAAAAAGAACUUCAUGAUAUGCUCCUUGUGUCUGAAAAUCCCUCUGACUUUCACUUUUGCUCUCAUGGAGCAGUUGCUCUGGAGAGCUCAGAUGAUGCUGAAGAAUUGCUGGCCACAGAUCAAGCCAUGGACAUUUUGGGCUUUCUUCCUGAUGAGAAGUACGGAUCCUACAAACUCACUGGAGCCAUCCUGCACUUCAGAAACAUGAAAUUUAAACAGAAGCCCAGAGAAGAGCAAGUGGAAGCAGAUGGCACAGAAAAUGCUGACAAAGCUGCUUUCCUCAUGGGCGUUAACUCCUCUGAGCUGGUGAAGGGCUUGAUCCAUCCUAGAAUCAAAAUUGGUAAUGAAUAUGUUACUAGAGUCGUUGGAGCACAUUCUGCUUCCAGGCUUGGAGACUGUCCAGCUGAAAGUCACUCCUACUUGGAGUCCAUCAGAAACCUGCUACUACAGCAGUGCCUUUGCAUCACGGCAACAGGAUCUGCAUCUGUACAGCAGCAGCAGGCACAGAGGUUGGAGCUGUCCCUAUGUAGGAGUUGUUCCACGUGUAGAUGUAUUUCUGAUGUAUUUGUGGGGAGGAAGGUGAUCUCCAUGUCUUACUUGUUCACCAUCUUGAAGCUAAUCUUCAUUGGCAUUCUUGACAUCGUUGGUUUUGAGAUGCUUAAUUAUAACAGCCUUGAAGAAAUUUGCAUUAAUUUUACCAUUGAAAAUUUACAACAGUUCUUCAGUCAGCACAUGCUGGUUUUGAAGCAAGAGGAAAAGAGGAGAGAAGGCACUGACUGGGUGUCCAUUGAGUUUGUCCUGGACUUGCAAGCCUGCAAAGAUCUCAUUGAGAAGCCAAUGGGCAUCUUUUCCAUCCUUGAAGAGGAAUGUAUGUUUCAUCAGGCUGCAGAUGUGACUUUCAAGACCAAACUUUCUGACAACCAUUUUGGAAAGCCAGUUCAUUUCCAGAAGCCCAAGCCUGACAAUAAGAAGAAAGAUGAAGCUCACUUUGACCUUGUCCAUUGUGCAGGAGUGGUGCCUUAUAACAUCAGUGGCUGGCUCGAAAAGAACAAAGCCUUUCUUAAUGAAACAGUGGUGGCUAUAUUUCAGAAGUCGUCCAACAGACUCCUGGCAAAACUCUUUGAAAAUUACAUCAGUACCAGCACUGCUCUACAGUUUGGGGAGAAGAAAGGCAAGAAAGGAGCUUCAUUCCAAAUGGUUGCAUCUCUGCAUAAAGAAAACCUAAAUAAGUUGAUGACUAACCUGAAAUCAACAGCACCUCAUUUGAGAUGCAUAAAUCCCAAUGUGAACAAAAUGUCAGAUGUAAUGGAUGCUUAUUUGGUUCUACAGCAGCUGCGCUGUAAUGGUGUCUUGGAAGGGAUCAGGAUAUGCAGUGAAGGUUUUCCAAACCGACCCGCUUAUGCUGAUUUUAAACAAAGGUACUACAUUCUGAACCAAAGGGCCUUUCCAAAGAGCAAGUUUGUGAGCAGCAGAAAAGCAGCUGAAGAAUUACUUGGCUCCUUGGAGAUAGACCAUACACAGUAUCACUUUGGAAUCACUAAGGUGUUUUUAAAAGCCGGCUCUCUGGGCCAACUGAAAGCAAUGAGAGAUGAGAGACCAUCUAAAGUCUUUACAUUGUUCCAAGCCAGGGUACGGGGAAAAUUGAUGCAAAUCAAAUUCCAGAGGAUUCUGGGAGAGAGGGAUGCACUUCUUUUGAUCCAGUGGAACGUAAGAGCUUUCAUGGCUGUGAAGGGCUGGCCGUGGAUGAGGCUCUUCUUCAAGAUCAAACCUUUUGUUAGAUCUGCUGGAACGGGAAAGGAGGUAGCUGGACAGGAAGAGUGUGUGCAGCUGCAAAAAGCGUUGGCGAAAUCAGAAUCUCCGAGGGAGGAGCUGAAAGCCAAGCAAAUCUCCCUACACCAGGAAAAGAAUGACUUGCUUCUUCAGCUGCAGGCUGUGCAAGAGACCCUGGCAAAUGCUGAAGAGCAGCGCGAGUCGCUGAUUAAAUCCAAGAUCCAGCUGGAGGCCAGCGUCCAGGCGCUGCCUGCGUUGGGGGUUGGGGAGGAAGAAGAGGAGGUAAAUUCCCAGCUGACUGCCGGAGGGCGGAGACUCGGAGAUGAAUGUUCCGCGUCGAAGAAGAAAGAAAUGGAUGACCUGGAGACACUAUUGGCAAAGUCACAGAAGGAGAAGCGUGCUUCAGAGUACAAGGUUAAGAAUCUGACUGAGGAGGUGGAGUCUCUCAGUGAGGACGUCAGCAAACUUCAGCGAGCAGCCAGGGCGCGGGAGGCCUGCCAGCGGACCCUGGAGGACCUGCACGCGGAAGAGGAGAAAACCCUCACCCUGAGCAAAACCAAGCUGACACUAGAGCAGCCAGAGAACGAGCUUGAGGGUGCCCUUGAACAGGAGAGCAAAGAGAGAGUGAACUGGGAAAAGGAAAAGUGCAAACUGGAGGGCGAGGUAAAGCUGAACCGGGAAAGCAUGGAGGACCUGGAGAGCAGGCAGCUGCAGCUAGCAGGAAAGCUGAGGAGGAAAUAAUUAGAAAUGAAUCAGAUGAGCUCAAAGGUGGAGAAUGAGAAAGGCCUGGUGGCUCAGCUUCAGAAGAUGGUUAAAGAGCUCCAGGCUCAGAUACAGGUUUUGAAAGACGAACUGGAAGCUUAAAGGACCACUCGAGCCAAGGUAGAAAAGGAGAGAACUGACCUCAGAGAGCUGGAAGACCUGAAUGAGGGGCUGGAGGAGACAGCAGGGGCCAGGUUGGCUCAACUGGAAAUAACUAAGAAACAAGAAACAAAAUUCCAGAAGCUCCGCUGAGACAUGGAAGAGUCCACACUGCACUUUGAGGCAACCUCUGCCUCUUUGAAGAAGAGGCACGGAGACAGCCUGGCUGAGCUGGAGAGCCAGGUAGAAAAUCUACAACGGGUCGAGCAGACACUGGAAAAAGACAAGAGUGACCUGCAGCUCAAAGUGAAUGAUGUCCUGACCCAUGUUGAGCAGAUGACCAGAGCUAAGGGUAAUUCUGAGAAGCUCUGUAGUCUGUGAGAGCACUUGAAUGAAGAAAAUGCAAAACUAGAUGAAGUGACUCAGUUGGCAAAUGAUCUGACAGCACAGAAAACAACGCUACGGAGUGAAAAUGGUGAGUUCCUAAAAAGGCUAGAAGAAAAGGAAGCUCUGAUAAACCAACUUUCCAGGGAAAAUAUUACCUUCACUCUGCAGAUUCAAGACCUGAAAUGGCAAUUGGCAGAAGAGACCAAAUCACAGAGUGCCCUGGCCCAGGCCGUGAAGUCGGCCAAGCGUGACUGUGACCUGCUAUGAGAGCAGUACCAGGAAGAACAAGAGGCCAAGGCUGAGCUGCUCUGGGCCCUGUUCAGAGACAAUGCUUAAAUUGUUAAGUGGAGAACCAAGUAUGAAGACGACACCAUCCGGAGCACUGAGGACUUGGAGGAUGCCAAGAAGAAGCUGGCAAUUCGGUCGCAGGAGGCUGCCGAAGCCAUGGGGGUGGGCCAUGCCAGAAGGGCCUCCCUGGAGAGGGCCAGGCCCCGACCAUAGCUCGAGCUCGGGGACACCCUGUCGCAUCGUGGGAAGGUGCACCGCGCGGCUGCUGCGCUGGACCGGUGGCAGCAGCACUUCAACCAGUGCCUGCACGGCUGGAGGCGGGAGCACGAGUAGCCUCAGGCGAUGCCCGACGCCCCGCAGGAGGCCCGGGCCCUCAGCGCCCGGCUCCUCGAUCUCAGGCACACCUACGAGGAGAGCGCCGCGAGCCAGCGGACCCUCCGAAGGGAGAACAAGAACCUGAAGGAAGAGAUUUCUAAUCUGAAAAAUCAGAUGAAAGAAGGAAAGAAGAACUUAAGUGAAAUGGAAAAGAUCAAGAAGUAGAUUGAACAAGAAAAGACUGAAGUCCAAAUGGCAUACCUCGGAAGAGGCCGAGCUCUGGAACGCAACGAAAGCAAGAUUCUUCAUCUGCAGCUUGAACUCUCAGAAACUAAAGCGGAAAUUGAAAGAAAGCUUUCAGAGACAGAUGAAGAGAUAGAAAAAUGUAGGAGGAAGCAGCAGUGUGCUAUUGACUCCCUGCAGUCGAGUCGGAGCAGAAUUGAGGGCACUGGGCUGAAGAGGAGCAUGGAAGGGGACCUCACUGAGAUGGAACUCCAGCUCAGCCGUGUCAACCGCCAGGUGUCAGAGGCAACCAAAUCCCUGGGCCAGCUUCAGCUCCAGAUCAAGGACCUUCGGGCGCAGCUGGAGGACAGCACACGCCUGAACAGUGAGCUGAAGCAGCAGUUGGCGGUGGCCGAGCUGCGUAACGCUCUUCUCCAGGCUGAACUCAAGGAGCUGAGGGCCUCGCAUGAGCAGACAGAAUGCGGGCGCAGGCUGGCAGAGGAAGAGCUCCUGAAAGCCACAAAAAAAAUCAAUCUUUUCCACACCCAGAACACGAGUCUCCUCAGCCAGAAGAAACUGGAGGUUGAUGUUGCCAGGAUGCAGAAGGAAGCUGAAGAGGUGAUGCGAGGGUGUCAAAGUGCAGAAGACAAAGCCAAGAAGCCACCUACAGAGGUAGCAAACACGUCAGAAGAACUGAUGAAGGAGCAAGACACCAAUGCCCGCUUGGAGAGGAUGAGAGAGAACAUGGAGCGGAGAGACUUACAGGAAAGGCUGGAUGACGCUGAGCAGACUGUCGUGAUAGGGAAUAGAAAGCAAAGCCAGAAACUCGAAUCCAGGGUCUGUGAACUGGAUGGUGAACUGGAAAGCGAAGUCCGACGCAUCGCGGAGGCCCAGUGGGGAGCCCGCAGGUUUGAGCGAUGCAUCAAAGAGCUGACCCACCAGGAAGCAGAAGCUAGUCCAUAACUUUCCAAGUAUAAGAAGCAGCAACAUGAGUAGAAUGAAGCUAAGUAAAGGGCAGAGAUAGCCGAAUCUCAAGUUAAUAAGCUCAAGAUUAAAGCAAAAGAGUUUGGGGAAAAGGUACGUCAGAUAUUCAGCUCUGCUCUAACUUUUAAAGCAUUUGUGUUUCAGGUUCAUGUCUUCACAUGGAAAUUUCUUGUUUCUCUCUUAAAGGCUUUUAAAAAACUACAUCAAUAA